UUGCCCACUCACAUCAGCAUACACAGUUCUACCAUCAGGAAUAUCAUUAACUCUUGUCCACUGUCUCCCUAUCUCACUGUUGCGCUGUAUCCUUCUGUAGCCACUAGCACUAGUUUCGUAUGUGCUUCCGUCAAAGAACCUGACAAUAUAACUCAGUUUUACUCCCUCAUUGCCUGGUGGAGGUUUCCAUGAUAUCACCCCACAACCCAACACCUUAGUCUCAUUCACAGCUCCUGAAAUGACACACAAAGUUAUAUGCCAAAUUAGUAACCUCAUACUCUUACCUAUUGACGGU